AUGCAGAGUUGGUCUCGGAAGAGACGCACUCGAACCCAGUUGUUUCUUCUGCACCGGUGCCUGGCUGACCUGGUGGUCGCUUUUUUCCAAGUCCUACCGCAGCUAUCCAUGGAAAUUACGCACCGAUUCAGAGGCUCUGAUUUUGUGUGCAGAUCAGUGAAGUAUCUUCUGGUCGGAAUGUUCGCAUCCACAUACAUGAUAGUGGUUAUGACCAUAGAUCGCUAUCACGCAGUGUGCAAACCCAUGGUAUCGUUUUUAAGAGGGUCGUUCCGUAGAUAUGUGCUAAGCGUGGCGUGGCUCAUCUCUUUGGCGUUUAGCGCGCAACAGAUGUUCAUCUUUUCUCUCCAAGAAGUUGAGAAGAGCGUUUACGACUGUUGGGCAACGUUUAUUGAACCCUGGGGAGGCAGAACAUAUACUUUGUCGGUGUUUGUCCUCCCAGCCAUGAUCUUGAUGUAUUGUCAUAUAAAGAUAUGCGCGGGGAUUUAUUUUAACAUGAAGAGGAAAACUUUGCAGGGCAGCACAUGUGAUGGGUGCUCCAGCAUUAAAUGGAUAUCCAACGCUAUGUUGAAGACUGUCAAAAUGACAUUUGUUAUCAUCCCGGUGUACACCCUGUGCUGGAGCCCGUUUUUUGUUGUCCAGCUGUGGUCAGCAUGGAGUCCAAACAGUGCACCCACACAAGGUAAAUCAAACGUAUAG